ACACUUAUGGUCGUCGGGCCCUCGGAUUGCGGAAAGUCUACGUUAUGUCGUAUUCUUCUGAAUUAUGGCGUACGGAUGGGACGGACGCCACUCUUUGUGGACCUGGACUGCGGACAGGGAUGUGUGAGUAUUGCGGGCACAUUGGGUGCGGUGACUGUGGAGCGGCCCGCAGACAUCGAAGACGGCUAUUCACUGGUGGCGCCCAUUGUGUACCAUUUCGGCCACACCUCACCCGACGGUAAUAUCACUCUCUAUAAUAUACUGAUGAAGAGUCUGUCGAAAGCGGUUGAUCUGAAAAUGCAAACCGAAAAGAAGACCAAAUACUCGGGAGUUAUUAUCAAUACUUGCGGUUGGGUUAAGUCACACGGAUAUCAGGCCAUCAUUCGGGCCGCACAGGACUUCAACGUCGAUAUAAUUACUGUUUUAGAUCAGGAAAGACUGUAUAAUGAAUUGGUUAGAGAUGUGAACAAAUCAGUUAAGGUGAUAUUCACUCCAAAAAGUGGUGGAGUUGUGGAAAGAGUGCGAAAAUACCGAAUCGAUGCGAGAGAUGCGAGGGUUCGCUGGUAUUUCUACGGCAGCGCGAAGUCAGGUCUAUAUCCGUAUUCAUUUGAAGUGCCAUUCAAUCAGAUGAGAGUCUAUAAGAUCGGAGCCCCGAAUCUUCCCGACUCUUGUAUGCCUAUAGGCAUGAAAACUGAAGACAAUCUGACAAAACUAGUGUCCGUUUCGCCAACCGCUCAGACACUACUCAACCAUAUUCUGGCCGUUUCUACGGCCACAUCACUCGAAGACAACCUCAAAGUUCUUGAGUCCAGUCUCUAUGGAUUCGUUUGCGUUACUAAUGUUGAUGUCGAGCGACAAAUGGUUACUCUUUUGGUGCCACAACAGCGACCACUUCCACAGAAUAGCAUUUUAUUGUUAUCUGACAUUCAAUUUAUGGAUUCCCAUUAAUACA